ACCAUACUCUAAAUAUACGUGGCUUUUAAACUCGUCUGUCAAAAAAAGAUAGUUUUUGAUGACGUUUUAAAUUUCAUGCAGCCGUCAAGUCAAUCUUUCAAGUCUCUGUGCAAAACAUGGCAAACGUUUAUAACUCAAUUUUAGCACAAGCUACAGAAACUGUUGCUGAAAAGGCGAAAAAUGUCACUGAAAGAACUCCUGGUACCCCUGAAGGAAUGGCUGUAGCUUAUGGAAGUCUUGUGAUAAUGGCUUUAUUGCCCAUAUUCUUUGGUUCCUAUAGAUCUGUUGUCUACCAUAAGGAAAAUAAACCGGAGAAAAUGACGAAGAAAGAUGCAGCAAUAUUUCCAAUUAUGGCUUCAUGUGCCCUUUUUGCACUCUAUAUAGUCUUCAAAUUAUUUUCAAAGGAGUAUAUCAAUCUAUUAUUGACGGGAUACUUCUUUUUCCUAGGAGUCUUAGCCCUCACUCAUUUACUAAGCCCACUUGUCAGUAAAUUGGUACCAGCUGCAAUACCAAACAUUCCAUUCCAUAUAACAUUCAAACAAGGAGAAGGUGAAGCUGCUCAAUAUAUUAUCGACUACAGGUUUUCAACUUAUGAUGUAGUUUCUCUAGCUGCAUGCUCUCUUGUUGGGGCUUGGUACUUAGUUCAGAAACACUGGGUAGCAAAUAAUCUUUUUGGAUUGGCAUUCUCAAUAAAUGCUGUUGAAUUACUGCACCUCAACAAUGUUGUUACGGGCUGUAUUUUACUGUGUGGAUUGUUCUUCUACGAUAUUUUUUGGGUCUUUGGAACAGAUGUAAUGGUUACUGUAGCAAAAAGUUUUGAAGCACCUAUCAAACUUGUCUUCCCACAAGAUCUUCUCCAGAAUGGCAUGUCGGCAAAUAACUUUGCGAUGUUAGGAUUAGGCGACAUUGUUAUUCCUGGUAUUUUCAUUGCUCUUCUUUUGAGAUUCGAUCACAGCUUGAAGAGGCAAACCAAGACUUACUUUCAUGCUUCCGUUAUUGCUUAUUUUCUGGGAUUGAUGGCGACGAUUUUCGUUAUGCACGUAUUCAAACAUGCACAGCCUGCUCUUUUGUACUUAGUUCCUGCCUGCAUUGGAACACCACUUGGAUUAGCUCUUCUAAAAGGAGAUUUAACUGCAAUGUUCAAGUACGAAGAUUCAACUGAAGAGAAAACCGAAGAAAAGAAAAAUGAAGACAAGCAAACAAAGCAAGAGGCCAAGAAAGUUAAAUAAAUUUGUCAGAAAACAACAUAUUUGAAAUCUUCCAAGUUUUUUGAUGUCUUAAAUAAUUUUUUGCACAAAGACUGUGAAUCUAAAGUUCAUAUUCCACUUUGAGAAAAAAUAUAUAUUGGUUGUAUUUGUCUGAAAAAAUGUUCGGUGCAAAUCAUAUUGUUUUUAAAGUUAUUUAUGAUUAUGUUUUCUAUUAAAAUCCUUUUUUGUAAUGUU